AUGGACUCCUGUAUUUUUAACACUAACAUCGAGUCUCUGCAUGCUCCUACGGGCGGUACAGUGGAAUUGCCAUGUGACGUAACUCCUGCCCUUCCUGAUGAUAGAAUGGGUCUCGUCAUCUGGUACAAACAAGGGCACGACACUCCUAUAUAUUCGUUGGAUAACCGGGAGGGUGUGACGUCACACUGGUCGGAUCCUACUACUCUUGGCUCCAGGGCCACCUUCCGCACCAGCACAACGCCUGCUGUGCUGCUUCUAACAAAACUUAGACCUGAAGACAGUGGGCAGUACAGAUGUCGUGUGGAUUUCAUCAGAUCACCCACCAAGAAUACGAGAUUAAACCUCACUGUACUCAUACCACCGGAACGUUUAAUUAUUCUAAAUCAAGAAGGUGAUGAGAUCAAAGGCGGAGUACUCGGUCCAUAUGAUGAGGGGACUGAAGUCAAUCUAACUUGCGUUGCCGUUGGAGGUCGGCCUCCAGCGAGGGUGUCUUGGUGGAAGUCACACGCACUCAUGGCUAAUUCAGAGGCGAGAGCCGCUGUUACAUUCACGCUACAGAGGUCUGAUUAUGGAACCGAUAUCACGUGUCAGGCUGUUACUGAUCCGACAAUAACACCGCUCUCCGAGAAUGUGUCCAUCGACGUGAAUCUACGACCUCUAUGGGUAAGGCUUUUAGGAGGCAAGCGACCUCUAGUGGCGGGGCAGAGUACUGAAUUAGUCUGCCAAGCGGUUGGCGCGAGACCAAAACCUAACAUAUCAUGGUGGAAAGGAGGCACAAGAUUGAAGAAUGUUAGAGAAACAAUUUCAUCUGAUGGAAAUGUCACCAGCAGUAUUCUGACUUUUGUACCCUCAAUCGAUGAUGCUGGACGGGUUUUAUCAUGCAGAGCCAUACAACCACGUUUACCACACUCUACUCACGAAGAUGGUUGGAAACUAGAAAUACAACAUUUGCCUGUGGUCAAAUUGGAAUUAGGUGCUAACUUAGACGCAGAUAAAGUGAUAGAAGGUUCUGAUGUGUAUUUAGAUUGUAUGGUCCGAGCAAAUCCGUGGCACAGUCAUGUGUAUUUCACUCAUAAUGGUGCAAUAAUAAAACCCGGUCCAGGAGUUGUUUUAGCCAAUCAAAGCCUAGUUCUUCAGCGUAUGUCAAGAAAAGCCACGGGUGGUUAUGUUUGUGUCGCAAGAAAUUCCCUUGGAGAAGGUUACAGUGACCCAUUGGUUUUGGAAGUGAAAUAUGCUCCUACAUGUAAGUCUCAUCAAGCCACUAUCAUCAGAGCAGCCCGUAGUGAAGUCGUCGAUAUUAUGUGUGAAAUUGACGCCAAUCCUAUGGAACCGAUGACAUAUCAGUGGUGGUUUAAUAGCAGUACGCAAACUAAAUUAGAACUCAAUACAUUUUCAACAAAUUCACAGAAUAAUCUUGGUAGGUAUUUGUAUACAGUAAACACUUCAUCUGACUACGGCUGGGUUCAAUGCACUGGUACGAAUUCUGUAGGAAGACAGAACACUCCUUGCCUGUUUCACACACUACCCGCUGAAAAACCUUCAUCGGUGAAAAACUGUGAAAUUACCAACAUGACGUAUGACUCUCUAACGCUUGGAUGUUCACCGGGACACGACGGAGGCAUGAAACAAUCGUUUCUAUUACAAGUAUAUGACAUAUCAACUGGUAUUUUACUUCGUAAUAUAACAAGCGAGGAACCUCAAUUCAUAGUGUGGGGUCUAUCGGGAAGUACAGCAGUUGGUAUAUCCGUUAGAGGCUUGAAUAAGAAAGGCUUAAGCGAGCCCUUUACGCUUACUUCAAACUUAUUAAAACAUCCACAACGACAUACAGCCAACGUCCCGGUUCGUGUGGACCUAACAACUGUAUUGGUGAGCGUGCUAGUGGCUGUCGCUGUUAUAGCAAUACUUACAGCAAUAUCUGCUGUCAUUUUAUGUUGGAAAUACUGUAAUAAAGAUGUCAAAAAUGAGAAAAUAAAUCGAAAACAGGAUGAGAUAUCAAAUAUACCAUUAACCGGUACUAACGAGUGUGAGAGCGUUGAUAGCUUGGAUAAAAACCCAGACAUAAUACCGAUCAAAGGAAAAAUAAGCGAUAACUGUUCAAACAAAUCCUCCGCGACCGAUUAUUAUAGUUCUAUUAGACCGUUGUUAUCAAAAUCGGACGACAAAUACGAUCAUAAUCCGACCGAUCGGCAUUACGAUCACGGCGAUCCGUGUAGCCAAUAUGUUCAAGUCCGACCAUUAGACUUCCGAGUACACCAAUAUCAGCAUGGCUUACAAAUGGCCAACGUGGGCCAACCUGUGCCAGGGAUUGGAAUGCAUAUGAGAAAUAUUGGACCAAACGAAUGCCGGCCUUACGAUAAGGUUUACGAGAAUUGGCUGAAAUACAAGAAUUCGUUACCGCUAAAUACUAGCGGCUUGCUGCCAGUUGAACAGCUGAUGCCACCGGAACUCUACACUCCAUCGAUAUACACAACCUCGAGCCGGAACCCUCUCAACCUGUCUCAGACGCCGGGACUAGAGCCUUCCUGUGACAGAAGGUCACCCCCAGUGAGGGUAAACGCGGAAAAUAACAGCGCCUACUAUAAUGUUGACAGACAUACACACACAUUGCCUUUAAGACGACCUGAACGGAGCAAUCUUAGUUAUAUGCUUUAUUUACAAAAUUGCCAACUUCUAUUGAAAUGGACUAUAUAUGCUUAA